AUGGCAGAUGCUGUUGCGAAUGUGUUUCUGGAAACCCUUCGUGAUUUGGUGGCUGAAGAAACCAAGUUUUUGCUUGGUGUGGGCGGUGAUGUUGACAAAGUCAAAGCAGAUCUGAGAAGCAUCCAUGCCUUGUUGAUGAGAGCUGACAGAGAGAGACGCGAUUCUCCAACUCUAAAGCUUUACAUUUCCCAACUCAAAGAUCUUGCUUUCAAAGCUGAGAAUCUGCUUGAAAAGUAUGCCGUUGAAGUUCAAUCCAAAAGAGGGUUGAGGAGCCUCAAGGACAAAUUUCAAAGGUACAUUUGCAUCAUGUGUGAGUGUUACAGUGUCCACGAAGUUGGGAAGGAGGCUUGCGACAUUAUACCUGCCCUCGACCAACUCGCUAAAGAGUUAAAGUCGGAGUUGGAUCAACAAGGCUCAUCAUCUCAUUCCAAGCAGGAAGCUGAGCAGCAGCGUCUGUUGAGACAGACGUAUGCUCAUGAGGUUGAGCAUGAUUUCGUGGGCAUGGAGAAAGACAUCAAGCUUUUGGUAUCCAAGGUGAAGGAUGAAACCAGAAGGAGACGAGUAGUGAAGAUAUAUGGGAUGGGUGGUCUCGGAAAAACUACUCUCGCCAGAAAGGUGUACAACCACACAGACCUCCAAUCUUAUGCUCGAGCAUGGGUUUGCAUCACCCAACAGUUUCAACCGAAGGCCGUUUUCGCUGAUAUUUUGAAACAACUUGAUAGCAGCGUCAAACAGACUGAUGGUAUGGAAGAUCGCGAGUUGGUGACAAGAAUUCAAAGUUUAUUGAAGGAGAGGAAAUGUCUGGUGGUGAUAGAUGAUAUAUGGGAAGAUGUUCAUUGGGAGAUCAUAAAGCAAGCUUUUCCGGUGAAUUGUGAUGUCAUUCUCACAACUCGUAAUGAGGAUAUUGCUAAUCAACAAUCCGAACCUCACAGGCUGGAAUUUCUGACAAAGGACGAAGGUUGGACUUUACUUCAAAAAGUAGCAGAUAUUUCUCCAGGUCAGAAGUUUUAA